CGCAAAUCUGUGUAGCCAGCAUUUGGAUUAUUGCAGCUGCACCGCCACUAGUUUAUCACGGGAAGCCGCGAACGCCGGCUGGCGUGUCUGGAACAUUACUGCACCCUUUCACGUGAUUUUAGCUGGAACGAAAUCACGUGCGCCGCUCCUCCCGCCUUCUCUCCGACUCCAGACGUCGGCGGCGAAAAGCUGAACGUGACAUGCAGUGGUUGGCCAGCCCACUGCUUUCGAAUCCGUCUACAUUUGUCAGGCAGAAUCGACACACUUCCAGCGACGACGGCUUUGCGCGAAGUUGCCUUUCAUAUACUUGAUUUGACUGGCACGGCCUCCUUCAUCAAAGCUUUGUUCUCCAAGCCGUGACCAUCAUGCCUCCACAGAUCAAACAAGAUCUUAACCGUUCUGGUUGGGAAACCACGGACUUUCCCUCGAGCUGCGAAAACUGCCUACCAGACAAUCCCUAUGUUCAAAUGCUAAAGGAAGAUUAUGGCGCCGAAUGCAAGAUUUGCACGAGACCGUUUACUGUGUUUCGCUGGAAAGCCGACCGCACGGCCAGGACGAAAAGAACAAACAUAUGUCUGACUUGCGCGCGAUUAAAGAAUUGUUGUCAGUGUUGUAUGCUCGACUUGUCUUUUGGACUACCCAUCACGGUCCGAGAUGCCGCGCUCAAAAUGGUGGCCCCUGGUCCGCAGUCAACCAUCAACCGAGAGUACUAUGCGCAAGAGCACGAAAAAGAACUUGAAGAGGGUCGAGGCGCUGUGGAAGCAUACGAGAAGACGGAUGAAAAGGCAAGAGAUUUGCUGAGAAGGUUAGCGAACAGCGAACCGUACUACAAGAAACAGCGACGUCUCGAAGCAGAGGCUUCGGAUAAGCCUGCAGAGCAGAAACAGAGCGGAUAUGGACCCGGUCCUGUAAGAACGUCAGACACCCGAAAGUCACUGGCAGGUAAUCAACAACGAGGCGCGCGAGCCGGACCUGGUGCUGCAAGAGCGGUCCCAAAUGCAGCAAGACCCCCACAACCCGAAGACUACCUCCCGCCUGCCGACCCCAAGAUCAUGUCAUUGUUUGUUACUGGUGUCGAGGACGAUUUGCCCGAGCAUGCCAUUCGGACCUUUUUUUCCCCAUUCGGCCAAAUCCGUUCCAUUGUCUGCUCGCAUCGAGCUCAUUGUGCCUUCAUCAACUAUGCUACCAGAGAGGGAGCCGAAGCGGCUGCUGCACACUGCCAAGGGAAAGCUAUAAUUCAAGGUUGUCCAUUACGUGUGAGAUGGGGUAAACCAAGGCCACUGGACAAUACGGAUCGUGAACAAAGAUUGGAAUGGGCGCGAGAAGGAAGACAAACUGCGACCACGGCCAAAGGGGCACAGCCUGGAAAUCGAGCCAUAACCGCUGGUGAUGACCAAGCCCAACCUGAAGGGAAUGACGGCGAAGAGACUGCGAAUAUAACCGUCGCACCUCCACCAGGUCAAGGCGAGGUAACUUAUGCCAGUCUGGCUGGAGAUUGAAUGGGGGGUGGAUUGAAUCAUUGAGAGUUCUGGUACAUUCUGAGCAUGGCGUUAUGGAAGCACGCUGCUGGGUUAAGAAAGGCCUCGACUGGCACCACUGGGUAUCAUGUUAUUUCAACGAAGAAAAGGAAACCAUAUGAGUACGCCGUUUUUGUGCUUGUUCAUAUUAUAAUCCUCCAACUUUGACCUUGCCUCCUGGAGCGAGCGGAUUCUUUACCGUGUCGUUGUCGCCUCGCUCGAUGUCCUUGUGAAUGUUUAAUCCUGGCGCCGAGUAAGCAA